AAACUGUGGCAAUAGUGCUCUUUAUGCUCCUGGGUGGCUGGCGUGAAGUUUUCUCACAGAAGCCAGAAAGCAGUGUGGCAGCCAUGGGGUGGGUGACUGGGGAUUCACUGUGGUCUGUGGCUGUAUUCACGGCCAUCUUCCUGCUACUGGUGGACCUGAUGCACCAACGCAAGUUCUGGACUUCCCACUACCCACCGGGCCCCCUGCCAGUGCCUGCCCUGGGCAACCUGCUGCAGGUGGACUUUGAGAACAUGCCAUACAGCUUGUACAAGCUGCGGCACCGCUUUGGUGACGUGUUCAGCCUGCAGAUGGCCUGGAAGCCAGUGGUGGUGAUCAACGGACCGAAGGCCGUGCGGGAAGUGCUGGUGAACUGUGGAGAGGACACCUCAGACCGUCCACUAUUUCCCAUCUAUGAACACCUCGGCUUAGGGCCCAGAUCCCAAGGGGUAGUCCUUGCAACUUAUGGGCCUGCCUGGCGAGAGCAGCGGCGAUUCUCUGUGUCCACCAUGCGCAACUUUGGCCUGGGCAAGAAAUCUCUGGAACAGUGGAUCAUCGAGGAGGCUGGCCACCUCUGUGCUGCCUUCACUGACCAGGCCGGAGGGCCCUUCAAUCCCUACCGCCCCCUGAACAAAGCCGUGUGCAACGUGAUUUCAUCCCUGAUUUUUGCCCGUCGCUUCGAGUACGAAGACUCUUACUUCAUUCAGUUACUGAAAAUGAUGUCAGAAAGCAUAGGAGAGGACACUAGCCUCAUUGCUGAGGUGCUGAACGCAGUCCCAAUGCUCCUUCGCAUCCCAGGGGUGCCUGGCAAGGCCUUCCCUAAGCAGAAGGCAUUUGUGGACAUGGUGGAUAAGCUGUUGACUGAGCACAAGCUGACCUGGGAUCCUGCCCAGCCACCCAGACAUCUGACUGAUGCCUUUGUAGCGGAAGUGAAGAAGGCUAAGGGAAAUCCUGAGAGCAGCUUCAAUGAUGAAAACCUGCACAUGGUGGUGCUUGAUCUGUUCUCUGCUGGGAUGGUGACCACCUCCACCACACUGACCUGGGCUCUGCUGCUCAUGAUCCUGCACCCGGAUGUGCAGUGCCGUGUCCAAGAAGAGAUCGAUGAAGUCUUAGGGCAGGCACGGACUCCAGUGAUGGAGGACCAGGCCCGCAUGCCCUUUACAACUGCUGUGAUUCACGAGGUGCAGCGAUUUGGGGACAUCGCGCCAUUGAAUUUACCACACAUGACAUCUCGUGACAUUGAAGUACAGGGCUUCGUCAUCCCCAAGGGCACGACACUCAUCACCAACCUGUCCUCGGUGCUGAAGGAUGAGAGCGCCUGGGAGAAGCCCCUCCAGUUCCAUCCCGAACAUUUCCUGGAUGCCCAGGGCCGCUUCCUAAAGCCUGAGGCCUUCAUUCCAUUUGGCGCAGGCCGCCGCGCAUGCCUCGGGGAGCCGCUGGCCCGCAUGGAGCUCUUCCUCUUCUUCACCUGCCUCCUACAACGCUUUACCUUCUCGGUGCCCCCUGGACAGCCCCCGCCCAGUGCCCUAGGCAACUUUGCAUUACCAGUUGUCCCAAAGCCUUACGAACUCUGUGCAGUUCCACGCUAGUAGGAACACCAAUUCCAGUCUGGCUCUCCAGUAUCAGCUGAGAGGUGAAAUAAACCAGUUUUUAGCUGCUACUUAGUUGCCUGCUCCCCCCUCAUCCUGCCUGGACUGGAUCUUCAGAGAGCAUUCUGAAAUCAUCCUUUACCCACCAGGUUUUGCUCUUGGAUUGUUAUUUCAAAAGUGUGUAGUGGGAGUGGUGGUGUGAUGAGUUCUGGAGGUAUAGAGCACCCCACAAGGCUCAUGUGGUCUCCACUUUCUCUGAUGAGUUCUGGAGGUAUAGAGCACCCCACAAGGCUGAUGUGGUCUCCACUUUCUCUGAUGAGUUCUGGAGGUACAGAGCACCCCACAAGGCUGAUGUGGUCUCCACUUCCUCCGAGAUAAGAUUCCCAGGUCCCAACGCACUGACUAAUGUAUUAUUUCAUCAAACAUAGCACUGCUAUGUACAGACACACUUUUAUUAAAAACAGUUUCUGCCUGA